AUGGCUGAAGAGCAAGAGGAUUUCAGCAAGCUGCCAUUGCCAGACCGCUUCGUACACAAGAACUGGAAAGUGCGCAAGGAAGGUUACGAAGCCGCGACAAAAGAAUUCAAGACUGCACAACCAAGCGACCCCCUCGUCAAGGACUUCGUUGCGGACUCCAACAUCUGGAAGGGAGCUGUCGCCGAUUCAAACGUUGCCGCCCAAGCUGAAGGUCUUAAUGCGCUGAACGCUUUCCUCGAAAUCGCUGGCAAACCUGGCUGCACUCGCACGCGCACAUCCACAAUCCAGCCUAUCGUCGAGAAGGGUGUAACAGGUCGUCCCGCCGCGAAAGCCGCUGCCAUCGAGGCUCUCCUUCUUUAUGUCGAACUCGACAUCGCCGACCCCGUCAUCGAAGAGCUCAUCCCCCUACUAUCCGCAAAAACACCCAAGAUCAUCGUCGCUGCCCUCCAGUCUCUGACUGCCAUCUAUCACGCAUACGGUUGCAAGACAGUCGAGCCUAAACCCAUUAUCAAGCUACUGCCGAAGGUUUACGGCCAUGCAGACAAGAACGUGCGCGCCGAAGCACAAAACCUCACAGUCGAACUCUACCGAUGGCUGAAGGAAGCUAUGAAGCCCCUCUUCUGGGGUGAGCUCAAGCCUGUCCAACAGACGGACCUAGACAAGCUGUUUGAGAAGGUCAAGGACGACAAGCCGACACAAGAGAGACUGCUCAGAUCUCAACAAGCUGCACAAGAGGCUGCCGAGGAGGCAGGCGAGGCCCCGGCCGAAGAAGUCGAAGAGGAGGAAGACGCUGCGAUUGACCUGGAACCGGAAUUCGAGGCUGUCGAUGUAAUGGCAAAGGUGCCAGCAGACUUCAGCGAACGCCUCAACUCGUCCAAGUGGAAGGACCGCAAAGAGGCCCUCGAAGAGCUUUUCACCGCUGCCAACCAGCCUGCCAUCCAAGAAGGUCCAUUCGACGAUGUCAUGCGUGGUCUCGCAAAGAGUAUGAAGGAUGCCAACGUGGCUUGCGUUACUGCUGCUGCAAACUGCGUCGAAGUGCUCGCCAAAGGUCUAAAGAAGAGCUUCUCGAGAUACCGUUCCACCAUCAUGUCGCCCAUGCUCGAGCGUCUCAAGGAGAAGAAGCAGUCCGUUACUGACGCUCUUGCUGCCGCUUGCGACGCCGUUGUCUCUGCUACCGGCCUUACUGACAAUCUCGAGGAGAUGCUUGAAGCCUUCAAGCACAAGACUCCUCAGGUUAAGCUUGAGUCUGCCCGUGUCCUCGUGCGCUGUUUGAAGAACCUCAGAGAAGUUCCUCCACCUGCUGAGCUCAAGACCAUGUCUGAUGCAGCAAAAUCUCUUCUCGCCGACUCUCAGGCACCACCGAGAGAAGCAGCUGCUGAGAUUCUGGGUACAUUGUGGAAAAUUAUGACCGACCGCAAUAUGCUUCCUCAUCUCGACGGUAUCGACGACAUCAAGAAGAACAAGAUCAAGGAGUAUUGUGAUAAUGCAGAGGUCAAGGUCAAGUGGAAGCCCAAGGCUGCUCCUCCACCAAAGCCCGCUGCUGCUCCGGCAAAGAAGGCUGCUCCAGGAAGACGUCCUGCGCCUGGAGUAAAGAAGGCUGCUCCAGCACCCGUCAGACCUGCUACACCAGAAGAGCCCCCAGCCGCUGCACCACUAGCAGCCCGCCCGACAAGCAGACCUGGAGCCAAGCCUGGUCUCAAGUCAGGUCUUGCGGCUCCUGGAUCGAAGAUGAGAAAGCCUGGUGUCGCUCCACCAGCUGCUUCUCCCAGAAGAGUUCCUUCGGAAGAUGUGGAGAUGUUGGACGACCCGCCAACUCCCGCUCCCGCACCGCGCUCAGGGCUUGCAGCACCUCGUAGUCUAGCAGCCAGACCGCUAGGCAAGCCCACUAACUCCUUCAACCAGAGCACAAACGAGCCUCCUCAAGAAUACGCUCCACCUCCCCAGGCCGCUCCGUCAGUCUUGAGCUUGGCAGAAAGGUCGGAACUCUCGGAUCUACGGUCAGAAGCCGAAUACCUCCGUUCUCAAAAUAGCGAACUGAGAACGGACAAGAUGAGGCUCAAUAGCCAGAUUCACGAGCUCCAAAACCAAAACGCACAGCUUAUUGAGGAUCACACUCGUGACGUACUGGGCAUCAAGGCGAAGGAGACUCAACUAGUACGCGCUCGCAGCGAUGCUGAAGCUGCCGAAGAACGCGCAGCUGGUCUCGCUCGCGAAGUCGACAGACUGAAGCGUGAAGUGGCUCGUCUUGGACGUCUUGAACGCGAUAACAACCAGGACGCACAUAUGCAAAACAACAACUAUUCCGAAAACAACGGCGCCAAUGGAAUGAGACACUACGACACAGAGAUGGGCGGCAUGGGCCCGCCUCGACCUCAAUUCGGCCGCCCAGGCGGUGGCAUGUCAUACUCAUCACAAUCACGAGAGCCCAGUGGCGAGAACAAGGGACACUUCGAGACAGCAGGCGGGAUUGAGCGCAUCACAAGCCCCGUUAGUGGUUUCAGAAGUUCAAACGCGCCAUCGAUGGACCACUCCAGCAGCGGCCGCGCUAGUCCCGCGAUUUCUGGCCUACAACGCAGCACCAGUGGUAGCAGACCUGGAAGCAACUUGGAACAGAGCCAUAGUGCAGGUCUGGGCGCAGACUCUGGUAUGCAAAGAUCGUCGAUGUCGAGGACACAAAGCGGUGAAGGUGCUACUGGUGGUGUGGAGAGUUGGAGGCGUGCGGCUGAGGUGACACAAAACCUGAAGGCCAGAAUCGAAAUGAUGAAGGCCAAACAGCAAAGCCUCCAACGCAACCACUAA